GAAGUGUUGUGCUCUGCUAUCGAUAGUAAUAGGAACAGCUGCAGAUCGAACGGGCGCCUCUUUGGACCUUGUAUGUGGGGCCUGAGGUUAACUGCUGCUCAGCUGAUUUUUGUUGCAGCUGCGCGCAAUCUGUGCUUGUAGGAGCUACAGCGGCCGUCUAGUCGCCUUGUGCUGGUGCUGCGAUGGGUGAAUGGACGAGGAGGAAGGGUUGGUUGGGACAUCUGUUCUGGUCCUUCUGCUAAAGCUCUUGUUGGAUUGAAAUGAUGGAAUGAAUAGCAGGCAGCGCAGUGCUUAGAAGGAUUGUCAAUUUACUUUCGUGCAACUAUUGGUCGGAUUUACUGCUUGUAGAGAAAAGGUACGCUUUGAACUGGCGACAGUUGAAAACGAACGUAUACGUACUACUCAUACGAGUAACUGCGCGUCGGUUGACGUGUCCACUAACCAGAAAUGUGGCAGCAUGGUCGGCGAUUGUAGCGGAUGCGUCGUCGGUCAUGCGCCUACAAGGUCCUGUUAGCUCGUUUAAUACCACUAGCACUAUGGUUCGUUGUUGACUUCGGUUCGCUUCAAUGUGGCAGUUUGUUACUGGCGGAACUAUUCCACUUGCCGGUUAGUUGUUGUGACACGCAAACGAUGACGCUAUCCUUUGUGUGGGUGACGGUUGUUAUUUGAAAAGAUUAAUAUCCAACUCGACCGCCAAAUCAGACGACAUUUCCAGUGCGAGUUCGCGUAUGUGUGGUGCCCGUGUAACCGACGGAACAUGAGAUGAAAAUAAUGUGCGAAUUCCGUAAAAGCUGUAUUGGCCAAAUUCAAUUAAAAAACGUGUAUCGAAUCAUACAUGUUUGUCAAGACCCGAUAUGGUGGUAAUGUGGAAGUCGAUUUAAGAGGCUUUAAUCUAUUUUAUGUCAUCGAAGUUGUACGAACUCUAUAGUGAUCGGUGAUAUUGAAGAAGUUAUCCAUCAAUUAUUUUCGGCCAGGAAACAAGUUAGUCGCUCACGAAUCCGUCGGCGCAAGGGCCUUACCCUAGCUGGACAACCGUGAAGGAAUUGUUCGAUAUAGCAACGUCACUUGAAUAGUGGCUAGCGCAAGGACCUAUUCUAUUAUGUGGUAUUGCGUAUCGCGUGUCCCGUCAAGUCAAUGGUCUGAGUGCUUGAAUUAAGCGCGGGCACAGAUGGAAAUGUUUGCACUGUAGCAUGUACACUGUUAAGUACUUAAAAAAGAACAAAGAUAAAAACGGGCGUAGAUUUGCGAUAAUAUUAUUCCUAGUCAGGGUUCCACUAGCGCUGACGAAUGAUUUGUUCACAAUACGUUUACAAAACUAAACCCAUUGUCAAGUUAGUCCGAGUUAUAAGUAAACGAACGCUUCACAGUUCAUCCUGAGAACAGAGCAAAAUUUAAUCAUACCAGGAGUGAGAUUUGAUGCGUUUUUCGCCUUGUUUCAACGAAGUUCGUAUUGGAAACUAGGUAUCGUUAUAUCAAAUAAUGGUUAAUACAGUGCAUGAUCUUGUACUGCUAUUAUUUAGAUGCUAGAAAGAUGUACACAUCGUAAAUGCUCACGUUGAAACUAAUGGCCACUUUUUGCGCCAAAGCUCAUGUGGAUAUAACCAUAUAAGCUUUGGCGCAAGUAAUAUAAUCAUAUCGGUAAAACGAACCAGAUGUGUUCAUAAUGGAAAGAGUUCAUUUAUUUUGUCCGUAAUAUUGCAAUUUCAGUAACCAUUGAAAUAAUUCUAAUGGUAUACGUUGUGAAAAUCAUAGAAUCAGUUUCGUUUAAGUUGCCAACCAAACUAUACGAGGCCGAUAAAUUUCUCAGUUAUCCGAUCUCAGUCCCAAGUGAAUCCGUGCAGCUGCAUGAGGAUGACCCAUCGAUCCUAAUUCUCCUUCAAUUUUUUCAGCAAACAAUCGGCUUCUGUGUUACUUACCUCAUAAACCACGAUGGAGCGAGUAGAGGUGCGGUUAAACCUUGAGGUUCCUCCCAAUUCUCGGUUAUAUGAAGUUCGGCAAUUAAUUUCUUCUCGUUUUGAAAAUGUGCAUUGGCUUGAUUUAUGUGAGGAUGAUCACCUAGUUGCAGAAGAUCGGCGACCUUUGAUCGCUUCGGUGUCUCGAGUGAGCUCUGAUUUGGCCUGUGACUUCAUAGAAGACGAGACCUUUCCAGACUGGAGCGUGGUUGAACCUUCCGUGGAUAUUGAAAAAGGCUGGAGAGUACGGAACUCGGGAACACGUGACUGGCCUGAAGGAACUUGUCUACGACAAUGCUGGGGCGAAUUAGGAAUGUCACACACGGCGUUGGUCCCAAGGCUUAAGGUGAAUGAAGAAGGCGUUAUCCGGGUACCCAUCUCUCUGCCAGCCCAUAACGGUCAUUACCAAGUACAUUUUCGAUUAUUUCACCCGGAUCAUGGUUACUUUGGGCACAAACUAUGGUGCAAUGUCAUAGUCCGCGAAGACAGCUCCGUCCAGGAUAUCUCAAGUGAUGUGCUUGAUGAACUGGAGGUAGAGUUGCCUGCGUGUUUCGACCUCGAAACAACGCCCCCGUCAAGUCCAGCUGUUCAGCGAGCAGCUCAGAGCAGAACUUGUGCGGGAGGUGACUUCGGAAAAGAAGGAGCAUCUUCACGCAUGACACAAGGACCAUCGAUGGCCACUGCCAUGCACUUUCGGCACAAACCGCGACAGCAACAAUAUCGCUUAGAGGCGGAGGCUCUUCCAGAGGCAUUGUUAACGGGAGCGUUAAGCGCCUGUUCAUCGAUCUAUAACGCGGCUCGCACUUUAAUCGAACCCAGAAAAAAGGACGGGUAUUUACGCAGAGGAAUGCAUUCUCCUAGCCCAGAUAGCGACCGGUAACAGGUGCUUGAUAAUCAAACGUUAUAUAUCAUACACAUAUAUGCAAUGCACGUAACCAUGCAAAUAUUUUCUGAUGGCACUGGCCAGACCUGUAAGCAAAUAAAGCUGUUGGCAAAGAAAAAAGUUUUCCAGUGA